GUGGUUGCCAGGGUGACAGCAAUACAACAUGGCGGCCGGACCUAGAGGCUCGCUACCGAGGGGGCUUUAGCCGAGGGUCCGCAUCUGGGGACUCUGCCUCAGGGGACUUGGGGAGUGGAGAAGUCAUCCUUCCCUCCCCUUUCCCCCUUUUCUUCCUCCGCCUCCGCCUCAUAUCGGCGAGUGGUCUCUAAGCCACCUCAGCCCUACCCAACCCAGCCCAGCCCGGCCUGGGCCUGCCCGGACGGGCCGGGGCUGAGGAUGAAGAAAUAUAAAGCAAUUGGCAAAAUAGGAGAAGGAACAUUUUCUGAAGUUAUAAAGAUGCAGAACCUAAAAGAUGGAAAUUAUUAUGCAUGUAAACAGAUGAAACAACAUUUUGAAAGCAUUGAGCAAGUGAACAAUCUACGAGAAAUACAAGCACUGAGGCGCCUGAAUCCACACCCAAAUAUUCUUACAUUGCAUGAAGUUGUCUUUGACAGAAAAACUGGUUCUCUUGCACUAAUAUGUGAACUUAUGGACAUGAAUAUUUAUGAGCUAAUACGAGGGAGAAAACACCCGCUCCCAGAAAAGAAAAUAACGAACUAUAUGUAUCAGCUGUGUAAGUCUCUUGAUCAUAUGCAUAAAAAUGGAAUAUUUCAUAGAGAUGUAAAACCAGAAAAUAUACUAAUCAAGCAGGAUCUUCUGAAAUUAGGAGACUUUGGGUCAUGUAGAAGUGUUUAUUCUAAGCAGCCAUAUACAGAAUAUAUAUCUACUCGUUGGUACCGGGCACCUGAGUGUCUCCUCACAGAUGGAUAUUAUAGCUACAAGAUGGAUAUGUGGAGUGCUGGCUGUGUGUUUUACGAAAUCAUGAGUCUGCAGCCUCUAUUUCCUGGAGCUAAUGAAUUGGAUCAAAUCUCCAAAAUCCAUGAUGUUAUUGGCACACCUCCUCAGAAAACUCUUACCAAAUUCAAACAGUCAAGAGCUAUGAGUUUUGAUUUUCCUUUUAAAAAGGGAUCAGGAAUCUCUCUGAUGACACCGACUUUGUCCCCUCAGUGCCUUUCUCUGAUCUAUGCAAUGGUAGAAUAUGACCCAGAUGAAAGAAUCAGUGCCCACCAGGCGCUGCAGCAUUCUUACUUCCGAGAACAAAGGAUAUCAGAGAAGCAAGCUCUUGUAACCCGCAGGAAAGUAGGAUUGGCAGAACAUCUGGGAGAACCAGAAUCACUCAAAAAUGUGUGGCAGAUUUCAAAGGAAGGCAAAAAACAGUAUCUAAAGCAAGUUGAAGGGCACCCAGAAAGGCAGGGGUCUACCUGUCCGGUGGAACUACCCAAACUGAAGGUCUCUGGGGUAACCAAACUCUCAUCCUACUCCAGCCCUACUCUGCGCGCAGUUCUUAGCAGCUCUGGGACAAAUGGGAAAGUACCCAUCUUAAAGCCUCUAAAAUAUAUUGGAACAAACAAGAAGACAGAUACACAGAAGGACAUUAAGUCUAACAUGAAACAAUAUCGUUUGCCCACGAUAGAAAGAAAAAGUGGAGGAUACUGAACAGCUUGUCUUAUUUCCAGAUACAUGGAUUACAAAACCAGAAGUGAAUGGAAGCAGAGAAACGGAAUCAACUGUGCUUCUGGGAUGUAACAGAGGGGCUUUGGGGAGCAGACAAGUUACAGUGCCUUACCUGGAGGCUCCCUGAAGUGUUCUAGGACCUUCACGAUAUAGGCACGAGAUGGUUAAGGGCUAUGUCUAGUCAGCACUUGUAGCUUUCCUGAAAAGAUGUCAAAUGUUUAGCAGAUCAGAAAUGCACUUUGUAUUUGCACCGUCUAAAUGCAUGUACUGUAUUUUCCAUUUGAAUGGAUUUGUGAAAAGCAUCAAAUUCUAGGGUUUUUAUUUCAUUUUAGUGGGGUUAAGACUUUUUUUUUUGGAGGGAGGAGGGCAUUUUGUAAUUUUUUUAUACAAAAGUCAAAACAGGUAAACAAGGUUUUUAUAUUGUGGUGUUUAUAUCUUGGUCUUCUUGAACUGUGAGCUCUGUGCAUUAAUAACUUCAUUUGUUUGAAAAUGUUAAACUUUUAGAACAUUACCAACAGUAAUAUUUGAAAAGCUACAAAGCUCUUGUGUGAAUGUUUAUGGAUUAUGUUAUUGCAAACAAGUGAUUGAUAUUAAAGAAUAAGCUAUGCUAUUUUUUAAAUUCUAAAGAUAAACCUGUGUCUUUGUGAAUCCCUUUUAAACCUUAUUUUAUAGCUUUUGGUAGUAAUGAAAUGUGACAGUCACAAGGACUUUAACAAUGCUUAAUUUUGUUUUAUUUUAUAUAUUAAAGGAAUAAAUAAAAAAAAAAACUUUAUCAUGGAAAUAUGAAUUGUUUUCUGCUAAGGACUCAAUUCUGCAACAUUUGGGUAAGUUCAUUGAUGUAAUCAUUAGAAAUGAAUUUAGGUCCCUUCUCUGAAGAUGCCAGUCGUCCAACUUUGUGUACAACAUAGAGUAAACUUUUUCAUAUUGAUCUCAAACUGAAAACUCCUAAAUUAAAGAUAAAAUGCUUUUCUUCCUUUAUAGCUCAUCUCUCUUUAAAAACAAACAAAUCAUAAUUCAGGUAGACCAAGCCUGCCAUCCUAGUGAGUUGUGAUGAGGACCAAGUGGGCUUAUGCUUAGGGAGGUAACAUUGGGAUCUAAUGCAAAGAAUCAUUAGGUUAAUAGUUCAGGUGAGUAGCUGAAUGAUACUGCUUGUUGAUUAUGACUAUCAGUGACACUGCUGUGAAAUUACAUUGAGGGGGGUGGGGAAUACUAUACAGGUUGUGUUUUCUCCCUUGUUUCUUAACUGCCUCAAUGGAAGCCAGGAUUUGAUUGCUGUUUCUUACAGUAUCAGGCACCAAUAAGCCUGAUAUGAAACAUUCUUUCUCCUCAAAUUUAAAGUUCCAUUAUAAAGAAUAGUGGCAACUUGUUACAAUAGCAAUAACGUGUUUAUAAAACAGAUUAGAGUUUACAUAGCACUUUCCUCGCAACCCUACAUUGAAGUAAAUGUUUUAUCUCCAUUUCAAUGACUUGGCAUAAAUGGAGGUCUUCUAACUACCUGGCUAGUGCUUUUCCCCUCACCAAUGAUUGUUUUGGCCAAAUCACUGGAUAAGAAUGUUAAUUGAUUCAGUUGUCUCCUAAUAUUUUUCUAUUGGGAUAUGUACAUGAAUUUUUUUUCCAUAAGAAAUUUCUAAAAUUUAAAUUUGUUCUCAUUUUGUCUCUUCAUUUCCUAGGUUCUCCAUCCAGCCCUUUUAUAUUAAUCCAAAUUAUAGGUAUAUUACUUUUCCAUAGUACUUUAAAACCCAAUCCAUGAGUAAUUUGCUUAUAUGGAGAUUCUCAGUAGAUUAAAACACUGGCAAGAAAGUUUGAUAACAACUAGAAUUUAAAUUAUGUCAAGAGGGAAAAAAAAUCAGUUUUGACACUGGAUGACACAGAAGUCAGUUUUAACCCUGGUUUUAGAUUAAUGCUUAUUUUUGCAUAAUGCAAAAAGUUUUGUUAGUUAUCUGAUUAAUUGAAAGCAGAGGGACAACGAAACAGGAUAAAUUCAUUUUAUUUUGUCUCUUAUGCUCUGCAGAGCCAAGGGCUUGUGUUAGUUUUGCUCUAAGAACAAGGAUUCCCAAUUUCAAACUUAUAGUUAGGAAAACUUUUAGUGAAUGUUGAAAGGGAACCAGGUUUAUAUACAAAGAAUUUAUAUAUACCAUCAACAGGAAUUUAAAACUAUUAUAGAUACCAUAUCCAAGAGCAGCAUAAACUAUAUUUGUCAUGUAUGAAGAAGAGCUUAUUGAAAUCAUGCAUCUGAGUAUUUUUAACCCCCUUUUAAUUUGGAUGGAGAUACAAACUCAUAUUUUCCAUAACAUUUAUUUGAAAUUUAGCAGUAACAGUGGGGGAGCCUGAGAACAAUUUUUUAAAAUAUAGUUAAAAUGACCAUAUAUUCUAUUUUGAAAAAUUAAGGAUGUUCAAGAAUGAGCAUGGUGUAUGGUAUAGUGGAUGAUGUGCUAGGCUUUGAGAAUCAGGAUUUGAAUCAGGACUCAGAAUGAGUCCUGACAUUUAAUAGCUUUGUGAUCUUGGGAAAGUACCUAACUUCUCUUAGUCUUUGUUUCCUCAUCUGUAAAAUGGGGAUAGUUGCAAUUCCUGUCUCCAAGGGUUGUUGAGAGAUACAAAUGAGAUUAUAUAAAAUGGCUUGCAAAUUAAAAAUUUGCAAAAAAGUGCUAAAUCAGUGUUUUGGCAGCCAGUGAUCGAGGUGACAGUAGCUCUUGAUGAAGUGAAGUGCAGUGCGUUGUUUUGUGAGUUAUAGUGAAAUAAUUUUUCACCACCUUAGUUUCAUUAAACAACUUAGGGUGUUUUAAAGCUUGUACAUAUUUGGGUCCAAGAUCCUAUUUUCUAGUACAUGGAACCAGAGCAAGAAAUAACCUUUUCAUUUUCUAGAAUUAUAGUCAAGUAUUUUUUUUUAAUUUUUUAGUGUGAAAAUAAUACAUGAGGGGAAAGAGAGGAAGAGAGAGGACCCUCUUUUUAUCAGGCCUUCAAUAUUCCAAGCCACGUGUAAUAAAGGGGAAAAAUCUCAGUUUUUUUCCAUAAAUACUAUUAUUAUUACUAGCUUGCUAAUGCUUUAAGGUUUACAAAAAUGCUUUGUAAAUAAUAUCUCACUUCAUCCUCAUGAUUAUCCUGGAAAGUAGGUGCUUUUAUAAUCCUUAUUUUACAGUUAAGGAAACUGAGGCAAUCAGAAGUUAAUUGACUUGUCCAGAACCAGAUUUUUAACUUAGGUUUUCUCAAUUACUAUCCACUGUAUCAUCUACAUUUCUGUAGAUUUGUAAAGUAUUUUCUUUAUGACCUUGUAAUCUAAUGUAAUUUAUUAGUAAUUUUAUUUUACAGAUUGGUAAAUUGAAGUAUAAAGAGGUAUAAAGAAUCACAUAGCUAAUCUAUGUUAAAGGACUCAAAUACUUGAUCUUUUUAUUUUUAUUCAACCAUAGUAUCUAUUUUUCAACCUAAUUAGAACUAGUCAUUUUAAAUAAAAAGUGUAAAUCUUAGAUUGCUAUGCAUGGGUAGGUUUGAAGAGUUAAUUAUGGAUCCUGACCAGUAGCAGCAGAGAGGAACAUUACUCACAUGGUCUCUUAGAUAUCAUGCUUGAAGGGACUUCAGAAGUCACCUAGUUCCACCCUCUCAUUUUAUAGAUGAGGAAAUUGGGGCCCAUAAAGGGUAAGUGACUUUAGUGAGCAUGGUUACUAAAUGUUAAAGCUAGAAUUUGAACUCAGAUCCUCUUCAAAUCCAUACUGCUUUGAAUUUAAAGACAGCUGAAUUCUUUAGAAUGUAAUUUAUGUUAAUUUGUCCCAAGGUUGGUCAGUCUCAGAAUAUCAUUUGAACUAUUCAAGUAUUACAUUUAUCAAACCAAAACCUAAUAUGAUAUCUGUCAUGUGGGAGGUGAUUAAUAAACACUUGAUUAAUUCUCAUCCUUUAUAAAAUGAUAUAAGGGGUUUUUAAUCUGGGGUCAUGAAGCUGGUUGGGAAAAAUAAUUUUUAAAAUUUUCAUUAAUUUCUAACUGAAGUUAACAUUUUCUUCACUUAUUUAAAAACAUUAUUUUGUGAAGAUCAACCUGCAAAAUGUAGUCCAACACACAAAAAAAGGUUAAGAACCCUUGAUAUAAGCAAUGGUGUGCAAAACUUUCAUAAAGAUCUGUAGCACUGUCUGUAGAAAUCAAAUCAAAAUGUUGUAAAUUUGCAGAUGCUGAUGUCCAAGAAACAGGCGUGGGCAAAACUGGUUUACUCUUUCUUCAUCUUCAAAAGAUAAGUAGGAAAAAAUUACAGAGGUAGAACAACUCCCCCCUGCAAGAAGCAAACUCUUAAAGCUGUAGAAGGUAAACAGUAAUUGUUUUGUCAAAGAAUAUCUUUAAAUGGUUCAUUAUGAUACCUUACUCAUAUUCCAGAUGCCAACUAAGGGCUCUCUUGUAUGACAAAAUGAUGCUUCAAAUGAGAUGGUGCUGGCUUGAAGCAAGGAAAACACCAGCACUUACUCGGUUCUCCUCUGGCAUGCAUUUGACAUCCCAGGACUAAAAGUGACCAGUUUACUCACUGGAAAUGGAAAUCCAAGUUAUCCACAGGGAGAAAAGAUUCCAAAAGGAUUCUACUGGAGAGCAGGCAAAGAGAAACAAAAUACCAAUAAACAUACUUAUAUUUAAAAUUUUAGAUGUUAGAGAAAAAAAUCCCCUAAACUCCAAAUAAGAUCCUGGAUAUUUGAAAUAUUGAGAAUAAAAAUAAGAAUAAUAAUA